AUGGCUGCCGAGGGCCUCCGAUGUCGGCAGGUGAGUGCCGACAAGCUGGUGGCGUGGAUGGAAGGAGGAACGGAGAAGGUCCUUCUGAUAGACAGUCGCCCUUUUGUGGAAUAUAACACCUCCCAUAUCCUGGACGCCAUCAACAUUAACUGUUCCAAGCUGAUGAAGAGGCGGCUGCAGCAGGACAAGGUGCAGGUGGCUGAACUGAUCCAUCACUCCGCCAAGCAAAAGGUGGAGCUGGAGUGCCAGGCCCAGCAGGUGGUGGUGUAUGAUCAGAGCUCAUCUGAUGUCUCCUCUCUGCCCUCCGACUGUUUCUUGACGGUGCUGCUCCGUAAGUUGGAGAAACUCUUCAGCAAUGUCCACCUACUUGCAGGUGGAUUCUACGAAUUCUCCACCUGCUACCCCGGACUGUGUGAAGGGAAGGCUUCUAUCGUCCCCACCUGCAUCUCCCAGCCGUGUCUUCCUGUCUCCAGUGCCGGGCCCACCCGUAUCCUCCCUCACCUCUACCUGGGCUGCCAGAGAGAUGUCCUUAACAAGGAACUGAUGCAGCAGAAUGAGAUCGCCUUUGUGCUUAACGCCAGCAACACUUGCCCCAAACCUGACUUUAUCUGUGACUCCCAUUUCCUACGGGUUCCUGUCAACGACAGUUUCUGCGAGAAGAUCCUCCCGUGGCUAGACAAGUCUGUGGAUUUUAUAGAAAUGGCCAAAGCCUCUAAUAGCCGGGUCCUGGUCCAUUGUCUGGCUGGAAUCUCUCGCUCAGCCACCAUCGCUAUAGCAUAUAUUAUGAAGCGGAUGGACAUGAGUCUGGAUGAAGCCUACAGGUUUGUCAAGGAGAAGCGACCGACCAUCUCACCGAACUUCAAUUUCCUGGGCCAACUGCUGGACUUUGAGAAAAAGAUCAAAACUCAGGGUGAUCAGGCACCUGCCACCAUCUGCAAACUGAAACUGCAGCUGGAUCUGGGCUGCAGUGCCAAUGAAAACCACCUCCCUUCAGCCACCAUAGAGGUGCCUCAACUACAGAGUCCACAGCAAGCUCACCCUACCUCAGAAGAGCCACCACAAGCCUCGUACCUCGAGGAGGCACCACUCCUGCAAGGCCUCAAUGGACUGCAUGUGUCACACAGGGAGGACAGCAAUAAAAUAAAGCGCUCUUUCUCCCUAGAUAUCAAAUCGAUGGCUUACUGCAGCCUGUCUGGUGCAGCAUCACUCGUUUCUGCACCAGAGGACAGCAAAGAAUUCUAUAAACCUACGGCAUCUAUGGAAGGUGGUAGUAAGAUGUGCCAGUUCUCGCCUGUGGAGGAGGUCUCUGAGCAGACUCCAGAGGCUAGCCCCGAUCGGGGAAGAGGCAAAGAGGGUACCGGAGAUGCCCGCCAGUUGUCGUCAGACUGAGGACAAACACCGGCAAGCACAGCAGACAUCAUCUCGAAGCAGCUUCCUGUCUCAGCGCUCUUUAGCUGCACCCCUUUUCCGCAGUGGCAGCAUGGAGGACCACCGCAAAACUAACUUCCUGUUUGGAUUAUCCAGCAGCCAGCAGCAGCACCUGGCCAAGCCAGCGCUAGGCCUUAAAGACUGGCAUUCUGACAUAUUGGCAACUCAGGCCUCAUCAUUAACCGGCAGCUGGUACUUCACCUCUGAUGCACCCUCACACUUCUAUUCUGCCUCCACAUUGUACAGCGCGGGAGCCUUUGCAGCCUACAGCUGCGGCCAGCUGCCCAUGGACCCCUCUUGCGCGGUGCGUAGGAGGCAGAAGCCCUGCACCCGUGGAGACUCUAGACGCAGCUGGCAUGAGGAAAGCCCUUUCGAAAAGCAGUUCAAACGCCGCAGCUGCCAGAUGGAAUUUGGGGAAGGCCUAGGGGACAGCAGGUCCCGGGAAGAACUGGGCAAAGUAGGCAGCCAGACUAACUUCUCCGGCAGCAUGGAAGUCAUUGAAGUGUCUUGA